AUGGAGAAGAUCUCAGUGGGAGAAUUGAGGGUUUUGACCGAGCAAGGUAUCUACACCUUUGGGAAAACCACGCCUGAAGAUGAUCUACGUGCUGAGAUAAGAGUGAUCAAUGAUGCUUUCUGGGUCCGGAUGUUCAUGUUGAGUGACUUGGGUUUUGCUGAGGCCUACAUGGUGGGAGACAUUCAAAUGUUCAUUGUCAAUCGUUCGAAUCUUUCUGAAAUGUCGAUGGCUACUUCAUCGAUUUUUUCCGCCAUCAACACUCUCAUGAACUCCCGCUUUAUCAAUUCGCUGUCCAACUCGAUCUCAAAUAUCUCAGCUCACUAUGAUAUCUCCAAUGAGAUGUUUGAAGCCUUUCUUUCAAAAGAUAUGACGUACUCCUCAACACUUACAAAGCAUCCUGAUCAGGAAUCCCAAGACUCUCUUGAAGAAGCCCAGUAUGCAAAGCUCGACUUAAUCAUUCGCAAAGCCAACAUUGGUUCUACGGAUCAUGUUCUCGAGAUCGGCUCAGGAUGGGGAAGUUUUGCAAUUCGAGCAGUCCAGAAAACGGGAUGUCAGGUUGACUCUAUCACGCUAUCUGUUGAGCAGCAAACUCAUGCUGAGAGGCGUAUCCGCGACCUCGGCCUUGAAAAAUCUAUUCGGAUUCACUUGCUUGACUAUCGCAAUCUACCGCCUUCUUUCACGGGCAAAUUUGAUCGAGUGGUCUCCAUCGAAAUGAUAGAGGCUGUCGGACUAGAGUACCUAGAAACCUAUUUUGGCGUUGUUGAGCGUAGUUUGAAGCCAGGCCGUGGUAUUGGUGUCUUCCAAGUCAUCACGAUCCCAGAGGCCCGGUUUGAACGAUACCGCAAAGAAGUGGAUUUCAUCCGUAAAUGGAUCUUUCCCGGUGGAAUACUCCCUACUGUCACCUUUAUGGCUGAUGCAAUUUCCAAAGGAUCCGAAAAACGAUUGAUCAUUGACUCGAUCGAAAAUAUCGGCCCACAUUACGCACGCACACUACGCGAAUGGCAACGUAGAUUUGAAACCAACUUUGAAACUCUCAUCAUGCCGAGCUUGAUAUCCAGCUACCCAGACCUCAAAGUUCAUCCCGAGCAAAUUGAAGUCUUUCGCCGCAAAUGGCUCUAUUAUUUUUCAUAUUGUGCAGCUGGAUUUGCUCUUAGGGUCUUAGGAGACCACAUAUUUACGCUGACUCGAGAAGGAAACCUCUCCUUGUCAUGA